UCCCCUGCUGCCUGGAAGUAGAGUGUUCUGUGAAACCUUUCUUAAGCCGAAAUGGCCAAAAGCAAAGAAACCAUUACCGUAGGGCUCAUCUUGCUAACGGAUGCACAGAAUAAACCAAGAUAAAGUACAGGUGCUCACAGACAGUGACACAGUCCAAAACCAUGGGGCCUUGAUGCUGCGAUGCUGGGCAAGGUUCCCGGGCAAGGACUGGGCGGUACCGAGGUGCUCGGUGGUACCAAGCAGGCUGCUAAGCUCCACCAUGAGACGAGGUGGAUGGAGGAAACGAGCUGAGAAUGACUGGGAAAAAUGGGGUGGGUAUAUGGCUGCCAAGGUCCAGAAAUUGGAGCAACAGUUUCGAUCAGAUGCUGCUAUACAGAAGGAUGGAGCUUCAUCUACAAUUUUUAGUGGAGUCGCCAUCUAUGUUAAUGGAUAUACAGAUCCAUCUGCUGAGGAAUUGAGAAAGCUAAUGAUGUUGCAUGGAGGCCAAUAUCAUGUGUAUUAUUCCAGAUCCAAAACAACACACAUCAUUGCCACAAAUCUUCCUAAUGCCAAAAUUAAAGAGUUAAAGGGAGAAAAAGUAAUUCGACCAGAAUGGAUUGUGGAAAGCAUCAAAGCCGGACGACUCCUGUCCUACGUUCCGUAUCAGCUGUACAGCAAGCAGUCCUCCACGCAGAAAGGUCUCAACUUUAAUCCUGUGUGCAAACCCGAGGACCCUGUACCAGGUCCCAGCAGCAUCACCAAACAGCUCAACGACAGGGUAAAUCACAUAAUUAAGAAGAUUGAGACGGAAAAUGAAGUCAGAGUCAAUGGAGUGAACAGUUGGAAUGAAGAAGAUGCAGAUAAUGACUUGGGUUUUGUGGAGCCGGAGCCCUUCUUCCCAGGAAGGAAACAGAACGGAAUUCCACAUCCCAGAGAUGGCAGUGCCGUUUGUAACGGACACACUCAUAGCUCUAACGGUGCCUUAAAGACACAGGACUGCUUGGUGCCCAGGGGCAGCGGUGUUGCCAGCAGGCUGUCCCCCGACCCUGCCCAUGAGGAGGAAGCAGCCGAGAGGAGCGGCGGCGGCUUCCGAGACUGUGCUGUGCAACAGUCCCAGCAAAGCACCAGAAGCACAGAUGCUCUGCGGAAUCCGCACAGAACUAAUUCCUUCUCCCUGUCACCUUUGCACAGCAACACUCGAGUCAAUGGUGCUUGCCACUCCACUGUUCAGGGGCCUUCAAGCACAAAGAGCACUUCUUCAGUCCCUUCGCCGAGCAAGGCGGCACCCCCUGUGCCACCCAGACCCUGCCGCUUCAUCUCGGACUUCUACUCUCGCUCGAGACUGCACCACAUUUCCACAUGGAAGUGCGAAUUGACUGAGUUUGUCAAUACCCUGCAGAGACAAAGUAGUGGUAUCUUUCCAGGAAGGGAAAAGUUAAAAAAAAUGAAAGCAGGCAGGUCUGCAUUUGUUGUAACUGACCCAGGAAAUAUGUCAGUAUUGAGUUCACCCAGACAUCAGAGCUGUAUAAUGCAUGUUGAUAUGGAUUGCUUCUUUGUAUCAGUGGGUAUACGAAAUAGACCAGAUCUCAAAGGAAGGCCGGUGGCUGUCACAAGUAACAGAGGCACUGGGAGGGCACCUCUGCGCCCUGGCGCUAACCCCCAGUUGGAGUGGCAGUGGUACCAGAAUAAAAUCCUGACAGGCAAAGCAGGGACAGCAGAAAUACCAGAUUCAUCAACGUGGGAGAAUCAAGAUUCCGCACAAACAAAUGGAAUUGAUUCUGUUUUGUCAAAGGCUGAAAUCGCAUCUUGUAGUUAUGAAGCCAGACAAGUUGGCAUUAGGAAUGGAAUGUUCUUCGGGCAAGCGAAACAACUUUGUCCCAAUCUUCAGGCUGUCCCCUAUGAUUUUCACGCAUAUAAGGAAGUUGCACGAACGAUGUAUGAGACACUGGCCAGCUACACGCAUAGCAUCGAAGCUGUCAGCUGUGAUGAAGCUCUGGUAGACAUCACUGAAAUCCUCGCAGAGACCAGACUCACUCCUGACGAAUUUGCAAACGCUGUCCGAAUGGAAAUCAAAGACCAGACCAAAUGCGCUGCCUCUGUGGGAAUAGGUUCUAAUAUUCUCCUGGCUAGAAUGGCAACUAGGAAAGCAAAACCAGAUGGCCAAUACCACUUAAAACCAGAAGAAGUAGAUGAUUUUAUCAGAGGUCAGCUAGUUACUAAUCUACCAGGAGUUGGACGCUCAAUGGAAUCCAAGUUGGCAUCUUUGGGAAUUAGAACUUGUGGAGACUUGCAAUACAUGACCAUGGCAAGACUCCAAAAAGAAUUUGGUCCCAAAACAGGUCAGAUGCUUUAUAGGUUCUGCCGUGGUUUGGACGAUAGACCAGUUCGAACUGAAAAGGAAAGAAAAUCUGUUUCAGCUGAGAUCAACUAUGGAAUAAGGUUUACCCAGCCAAAAGAAGCAGAAGCUUUUCUUCUGAGUCUUUCAGAAGAAAUCCAACGGCGACUUGAAGCUGCUGGCAUGAGGGGUAAACGCCUGACUCUCAAAAUCAUGGUACGAAAGCCGGGGGCCCCUGUAGAAACUGCAAAAUUUGGAGGCCAUGGAAUUUGUGAUAACAUCACCAGGACUGUGACUCUUGACCAGGCAACGGAUAGUGCAAAAAUAAUUGGAAAGGCUGCACUAAACAUGUUUCAUACAAUGAAACUCAACAUAUCGGAUAUGAGAGGGGUUGGGAUCCAUGUGAAUCAGUUGGUUCCGACUAAUCCAAACCCUUCUGCGUGUCCCAGUCGCCCGGCAGUUCAGUCAAGCAACUGUCCUGGUGGGUCACACUCUGUCCUUGACCUCCUCCAAGUUCAGAAAGCUAAGAAGCCCACAGAAGAGGAGCACAAGGACGUAUUUCUGGCUGCUAUGGAUCUGGAAAUUUCAUCUGCCUCUAGAACUUGCACUUUCUUGCCAUCUCUAUCUUCACAUCUGACAUCAAGUGCCAGUCCUGUUACUACUAGCAGAGCCGAGUCCUCAGGGAAAUGGAAUGGUCUACAUUCUCCCAUCAGUUUAAAAUCAAGACUUAACCUGAGUAUAGAGGUCCCAUCACCUUCCCAGCUAGAUCAGUCUGUCUUGGAAGCACUUCCGCCUGAUCUCCGGGAGCAGGUGGAGCAAGGGUGUGCUGUGCAGCAAGGAGAGCCGCCUGGCGACAGGAGGAGGGAAGCAGUAAAUGGCUACAACCCAGGAAUGCUGCCACAGCCAGUUGGGACAGUUUUGUUACAGAUACCAGAACCUCAAGAAUCGAACAGCGAUGGGGGAAUUAAUGUAAUAGCCCUUCCAGCAUUUUCACAGGUGGACCCUGAGGUGUUUGCGGCCCUUCCAGCAGAGCUUCAAAAGGAGCUAAAAGCAGCCUACGAUCAAAGACAAAGGCAGGGAGAAAACAUCCCUCACCCACAGCAGGCCAGCACGUCCGUGCCAAAGAACCCACUACUGCAGCUAAAACCGGCAGCGGCAAAAGAAAAGAAAAGAAACAAGAAAAAAAGCUCCAUCGGUCCCCCCCAGAAGAUUCAGAGCCCUUUGAAAACAAUGCUGCUUAACAGUCCCGCAAAAACUCUGCCGGGGGCCUGUGGCAGUCCCCAGAAGUUAAUUGACGGGUUUCUAAAACAUGAAGGUCCUGCCUCUGAGAAACCUCUGGGAGAACUCUCUGCUUCCACUUCAGGUGUUGCCGGGCUUUCUGGUUUGCAGCCAGAGCCGUCUGGGUGUGUUAGACCCCCAGCGCCCAACCUGGCUGGAGCUGUGGAGUUCAGUGACGUGAAGACCUUGCUCAGAGAAUGGAUAACUACCAUUUCAGAUCCAAUGGAAGAAGACAUUCUGCAAGUUGUGAAAUACUGUACUGAUCUAAUAGAGGAAAAAGAUUUGGAAAAACUGGACCUAGUUAUAAAAUACAUGAAAAGGUUGAUGCAGCAGUCGGUGGAGUCGGUUUGGAAUAUGGCAUUUGACUUUAUUCUAGACAACGUUCAGGUGGUUUUACAACAGACUUACGGAAGCACAUUAAAAGUUACGUGAACAUUACCAGGGAGCCCGCUGCUCUCCGCUAGCUGUGCCAUAAGUGCUUGUGAGGUAUUGGCAAAGUGCAUGAUAGUAAUGCUCUGAGUUUUAUAAUUUUAAAUUUCUUUUUAAGCCAAGUGGUUUUGUACAUUUCUUUUCAAUAAGUGCCAAAAUUUGUCAGUAUUGCAUGUAAAUAACUGUGUUAAUUCUUUUACUGUAGCAUAGAUUCUGUUUACAAAAUGUUUGUUUAUAAAAGUUUUAUGGAUUUUUACAGUGAAGUGUUUACAGUUGUUUAAUAAAGAACUGUAUGUAUAUUUUGUACAGGCUCCUUUUUGUGAAUCCUUUAGGAAGCAAAUCCUGGACCGUUAACACGCUUCAUGCUAAGCCUUGAACUGCCUGAGGGGGGCCCAGACUGGUGUUCUGCUUGUUCCAGGCAAAAGGGUAAAGAAACCUUCCAAAUACUCUGAUCGCUCCUGACCCAAAGCAUGAACACAGGAACACGUUAAGAAAAUCUUCUUUACUUGUUCCAAGUGGAGGAACUUAACAUAUUUUUG